AUGAAGCAGUUGAGUGUCUUUGCUGUAACUGUUCUUCUGCUCUUCAAUGGAUGUCACUGUACGACCACAGUAGCAACAACAACAGCGUCUACAACAUCUCCAGCAUCUACAGCACCUCCAGCUUCUACAGCACCUCCAGCUUCUACAGCACCUCCAGCAUCUACAGCACCUCCAGCUUCUACAGCACCUCCAGCCUCUACAGCACCUCCAGCUUCUACAGCACCUCCAGCAUCUACAGCUCCUCCAGCCUCUACAGCACCUCCAGCUUCUACAGCACCUCCAGCAUCUACAGCACCUCCAGCUUCUACAGCACCUCCAGCAUCUACAGCACCUCCAGCUUCUACAGCACCUCCAGCAUCUACAGCUCCUCCAGCUUCUACAGCACCUCCAGCAUCUACAGCACCUCCAGCAUCUACAGCACCUCCAGCUUCUACAGCACCUCCAGUGUCUCCAGCAUCUCCAGCAUCUCCAUCGGCAGCAGCCACAACAGCGGUCACGAUGAUCAGUGGCUCAACUGCAAGUGGAGCAACAGCUACAGCCUCAUUUUCCGUCUAUCAGCUUCUCUGUGCAGGACUUCUUAUCUGGACGCUGCCACUCAUUCAGUGGAGACUUUAGCAGAAAUGUGGAGAGUUAAAGAUCACUGAGACUCAAUCCAGGAGACAACAUUAAAUAUGAAUCAUUUUCCUAAUGUUCACAAAUUAUUGUUUUUGUAC